CAGCCCUGAAACUGUCGGUUGUUGAUGGAGGUUCGGUGAGCGGCGCGAGGCGGCCGCGAGCGUGUUCUGGAACCUCCCCGGAGCACUCCGAGGACAACCGCCGAUCGGAGACUAAUGAGUAUUGCUAAACAGUGUCCAUUGGAAUGGUAGACACACAGAUCCAGUCUAAUGCAAUAACAACACUAGAAAAUGACUCUGGAACCCCAUUGGUUGAAGAAUUGGUACAGGAAAUGGCGAAUGUAGAGGACAGCAGUUCAGAAUCAUUCACCAUUGAUGAGAAACAGACUGCAGAAAAUAGUCCUGGAUCAAAUGAGACUGUGCCAGAUACUCUUACACCAGCCUCUAGUCCAUCAUCAACCAUCUUUCCUGUUACACCAUUAAACCAAGAUGAAGCUUCCACCUCUGGAUUCAGCAUAGAGUGCCGAGUGUGUGGGGACAAGGCCUCGGGCUUUCAUUAUGGUGUACAUGCCUGUGAGGGCUGUAAGGGCUUUUUUAGGAGGACUAUACGAUUGAAACUGGACUAUGAUCAGUGUGAACGCAACUGUAAGAUUCAAAAGAAGAAUCGCAACAAGUGCCAGUGCUGUCGUUUUCAGAAGUGCCUUGCUGUGGGAAUGUCACACAAUGCUAUCCGUUUUGGUAGAAUGCCUCAGUCUGAAAAGGAAAAAUUAAAGGCAGAGAUUCUAACUCUAGAGCAAGAUGUACAGAAUUCACAGAUGGCGGACCUAAAAUGUCUUGCAAAACACAUGUAUGAGUCUUACCUGAAGAAUUUUAACAUGAACAAGUCCAAAGCUAGAGCCAUUUUGACAGGAAAAGCUAAUAUCCCGCCAUUUGUCAUUCAUGACAUGGAGACAUUACGCCUAGCAGAAGAGAACCUAGUAUCAAAACAAGCAGUAAACGGCAUCCAGAACAAAGAAGCUGAAGUUAGAAUCUUUCAACGCUGCCAAUGUACGUCUGUGGAAACAGUAAGAGAACUGACAGAAUUUGCCAAAUGUAUCCCUGAAUUUGUAAACCUUGACCUCAAUGAUCAAGUGACCCUGUUAAAAUAUGGAGUUUAUGAAGCCAUAUUUGCCAUGUUGGCAUCCAUUAUGAACAAAGAUGGACUGCUGGUAGCUUAUGGGAACGGCUUUAUGACCCGAGAGUUCUUAAAAAGCCUGCGGAAACCUUUUAAUGAGAUAAUGGAACCCAAGUUUGAGUUUGCCAUGAAGUUCAAUGCACUAGAGUUGGACGAUAGUGAUUUGGCUCUCUUUGUGGCCGCCAUCAUUCUUUCUGGAGAUCGGCCAGGUUUGGUCAAUAUAUCACAGAUUGAACAGAUGCAAGAAAGUAUUGUUCAAGCCCUUCGCCUCCAUCUACAUAGCAAUCAUCCUGAUGCUGCCUACCUAUUUCCCAAACUUCUCCAAAAGAUGGCUGACCUCCGCCAGUUGGUUACAGAGCAUGCUCAACUUGUUCAGAAGAUUAAAAAGACUGAAGCAGACACUUUUUUGCAUCCACUUCUACAGGAAAUUUACAGGGACAUGUACUAACAUAAUGACAUACUUUAUCAAUAUCAAUAAUUGUCCAUUGUAGAGGUCCAGUAAGAAUAAUUAAGAGUGCAAAGAUUACUUUUUAUUCAAUAGUUACACAAUGCUCUCAGGUUUGCUUUAUAUGAUAUGCUGAAUGUUGUAUAUCAUGCCACAACAUAGUGCAUCUUACUUGCUCAAAUUUCGAGCACGUUUGAAAUAACUUGGGUUUAUUAAGUCGAAUGUGCUUUGUAAUUUAAGUUCAGUUAUUCCAUUUCCUCAUUUGACAAUUUCAUGGCUUCA